AUGGAGGCCCGAUUGAGGCCCACACUGGUGUUUCUGGUCGAAUUGAGCUUCUUUGACCUCUAUGGACGGAAAGGGGAUGGGGCUUGGGAAGAACACCCGACCUACGGCGAAUUGGGUGGUGCAGUUGUUGAGGAGGGCCGCGCUGAGAUCUUCCACCACAAUGGUGCCGACGAGGAGGAGCUUUUGGCUGCGGAAGAUAUCAUGGUACAAGAUGUUAUCCAGGGAGUAAACAACGCAUCAAGAAGAAUAACCUUAGGCAACCAUCCCUGCGCCACCGGCAACCCCAUCGACGACUGCUGGCGGUGCGACGCCAACUGGGCGUCCCACCGGCAGCGCCUCGCCGACUGUGGCAUCGGCUUCGGUCGAAACGCGGUCGGCGGCAGGGACGGCCGCAUCUACGUCGUCACCGACUCCAUCCACGACGACCCCCUCAGCCCCCGCCCGGGAACCCUCCGCCACGCCGCCAUCCAACCCGAGCCCCUGUGGAUCAUCUUCCAGUCCGACAUGGUCAUCCGCCUGCGCCAGCCGUUGAUCGUCGGGUCCCACAAGACGAUCGACGGCCGCGGGGUGAGCGUCCACAUCGGCGCCGGGGGCGCCUGCGUCGCGAUCCACCGCGCGAGCAACGUGAUCAUCCACGGGGUUCACAUACACGACUGCGCGAGGUCGGGCAGUGCCGUGAUUAGGGAUUCGCCGUGGCAUGCNGGGUGGUGGGGGCCGUCGGACGGUGACGGCGUGUCGAUCUUCAGCAGUCGGGAUGUUUGGAUCGAUCACUGCUCGCUCUCCAGCUGUGCUGACGGGUUGAUCGACGCGAUCCACGGGUCGACUGGGAUAACCAUCUCGAACAACUAUUUCAGCCAUCAUGAUAAGGUGAUGCUGUUGGGGCAUAGUGAUGAGUAUGUGCAGGACAAGAUUAUGAAGGUCACCAUUGCGUUUAAUCAUUUCGGGGAAGGCUUGGUUCAAAGGAUGCCAAGGUGCAGGCAUGGGUAUUUUCACGUGGUGAACAAUGAAUAUACGCAUUGGGAAAUGUAUGCAAUCGGGGGGAGUGCUUCGCCUACUAUAUAUAGCCAGGGGAACAGGUUCCUUGCACCCAAUGACAGAUUCAGGAAAGAGGCGACCAAACACGAGCAUGCGCCAGAAAGUGAGUGGAGCCGGUGGAAUUGGAGGUCCGAAGGGGAUUUAUUCCUUAACGGGGCAUAUUUUCGGGAGUCGGGGGCAGGGGCGUGGUCGACGUAUGCAAAGGCAUCGAGUUUAAAUGCAAGGCCAUCUUCUCUCGUUGCUUCAAUCACUUCAGCUGCUGGGGUACUUAGCUGCAGGAAAGGAUCUCGAUGCUAA